AUGACUAGAGGUUCUUAUUGGGAUGUCUCGAGGUCGAACGGCAGGCCAGCGAGCGAACCACAAGGGUGCUGCUGUCGCCUGUCGUGCGGUACUCCACGGCAUGAAGUCAUUGAGGUGGAUAUCGUGAUGCUCCGGCGGAGGUACGCUGGAACGGGAUCGAUACCUAUCGGCGGGAAGUCGGAAAGAAGACGGUGCUGCUGGUGUUCUUAA